AUGCAAUUCGGAAUAGGAAUUGGAUAUUUAGACCAGCGACAACGGCGAGAUAAUGCAAAGUUUCGCAGUUUUCCAUGGAAAUGGAACGAGAGCAUGGCAGCUUCCUUCACUCGCUUGACGGCGUGCUCAAUGAAUAAGUGUUUUUCUCUGUUGAUCUCAAAUGCCCAACUGGAUGUUCUUCCUCUUCACUCAUUAGCCGUAAUCAGAUCAUUUUCUUCUACUGUAUCUUCUAAUUUGAAUGAGCACUCAUUUGUAAUCUCAUAUCUCAUAAAUUCUUGUGGAUUCACUCUAAAAUCUGCUCAAUCUGUCUCUAAGCACAAGUUACGUUUUCAAACUCCUGAAAGACCAGACUCAGUACUUAGGUUUCUCAGGGAACAUGAAUUCACCAAUUCUCACAUCUCCCAAAUUAUUAAGAUUCGGCCGGAGGUGCUUAUAGCGCAUCCAGAGAAAACUCUCUUGCCCAAGUUUGAUUUUCUGCGUUCUAUAGGGGUUUCAAGAUCAGACCUUCCUAUAAUUGUUUCCAGGAAUCCAGAUUUGUUGACUAGAAGCUUAGAGCGGUGUCUGAUCCCAACUUAUGAGAUCCUUAAAAGCGUACUUGUUUCUGAUGAGAAAGUUGUUAUAACUCUCAAUCGCAUGAGAAACCGAUUUUUUGGCGUAUUGCAGAAAAGAUUUUCUAAGAAUUCAUCACUCUUGAGAGAGCUUGGAAUCUCUCAAUCUUACAUCUCUUACUUGGUUCGCCACUCUCCGAAAAUCAUGUCUCAAGAAGUGGGCAAGUUUGCUGAAGGGGUUGAGAAGAUUAUAAAACUAGGAUUUGAUCCUUCAAAAUUUAUAUUUGUUCAGGCAAUCCGUUUUUUGUAUCCGGUAUCCCCCAAAGCAUGGGAGCACAAAAUGGAGGUUUAUAGGAGAUUGGGUUUUUCUGAAGAUGAGAUCUCGUCAAUUAUCAGAAAGUACCCCGGAUGUAUGGCUUUUUCUGAGAAGAAAGUCAUUGGUACAAUAAAUUUUCUUGUGUGCAAGAUGGGUUGGCAGCGUGCUGCUGUUACUGAAUUUCCACUUGUGCUUGGUUUAAAUUUGGAGAGGAGGAUUAUGCCAAGAUGUUCAGUUUUAAGAGUUUUGCUUUUAAAGGGCUUGAUUAAGGCAGACACCCAUUUAUCCUCAGUGUUGAUACCUUCUGAAAAGCUCUUCUUGGAAAAGUUUGUGAUCAAGUAUCAGGAACAUGUUCCUGAAUUGUUGGAUAUCUUUCAGAAAAAAGUGGGUCUUACAGAACUUGGCUUUAGCUUGGAUGAUAAAUCUAGGAUUUCAGGGUUGAAAAAUGUAUAG